AUGAAUUCAGACAGUUUCUUGAAAUUCCGCCGACAGUCCAGCAAGCUGCACAAGGACCCCCCUAGCUUCGGAUCGCGCAUUCUUCGGAGCCACCAGAGCACCAACUCACUCAAACGCCACCCCUCUGCCCCUGUCUACCCGCGCUCCUCGCCCAACGGCAGUCGGGAUCAUUUUCGCUCUCGCUCCAACGCGAACGAAGUUUUCGGCUCAUCGUCCUCGUCGCUCGACCGCAGCGGGGGGCCCUCGCCCGCCGAGUCGAGUUAUCCCUCUGGCUAUCCCGCCGCCCGGUCGCGCAGCUCCAACCGUUUCUCCUACGAUCAACACAGCUCAGAUGAAAUAACGACUCCCUACGAGACGCGGGGUAUGCUCAGUGCGUUGGAUGAGAACAGCGUCGAGACCGACCACCGUCCCCAGCAGCCUCCGGCCCUACGUGCUCAUCACACCAGCCCCGACCCCCGGAGUUUCCCAUCUCUCCGCCAGUCCGCCAGCUUCACCACCCUGCCCAACAUGGAUUUCUCGCAUCGGGAGACCGAACGGGCGCCAGCCGUAAAACGAUAUUCCGAUGAGGGCGAUGGCCCGGCCAACACGCCUCCGCCACCCCGGCAUGGGCGAAGCAAGAAGGCCAGUUUCUCGAGCUUUGUCAAUAGUGUGCUGGGCUCUCCGCGGCCAAAUAUCAAAAUAUCUGCUCCCGAAAAUCCGGUCCACGUCACCCACGUCGGAUAUGACAACCAGACCGGCCAGUUCACAGGCCUGCCCAAGGAGUGGCAGCGCUUGCUGCAGGAGAAUGGCAUCUCAAAGCAGGAGCAGGAAGAGCACCCGCAGACUAUGAUGGACAUCAUGCGAUUUUAUGAGAAAAACACUCGUGGUGAUAGUGAUGAUGAGGUAUGGCACAAGUUUGACCAUGCACAGAGCCCGACCGGCGGGCGGGCACCAUCGCCCCCAGGGAGCCCACGAUUCCCGCAGAACCAUCAAGGAAGUUUUGAAAACCCUCGAUCCCCGCCUCCUGUCCCUCGUGGGGUACCCGGAGGCUCCCAGGCGGUGUCGCCUCCGCUGGGCAGCCUGAUCCCGAACAGGGCACCACCGAAGCCACCCACUGUCGGCAUGACGCCAUCUCGUCCUCCUCCGCAGCCCCCGGUUUCGCAACAGUACAUGGGCACGCCUCAACGACCAGCCCAAGAAGCUUAUAGCCCUCCCUUCGGUACCCCGACUAUCCCAGAAAGUGAGGCGGUGCCUUCCCCUCAGCGCAGCCCAUCCAGUUCCCGAAAUGGCACUCCGGCGCCACGAGCACCGCCUGGUAUCGUCUCCAAUCCAACUCAAUACCAGCAGCAACAGGAGCAGAUGAUGGCAGCUGCCCAACAAGCAAUCACAUCGAAGCAGCUGGAUCGCAGCCGGAGCCAACGUAUACAGGCCCAACAGGCCCAGCAGGCCCAGCAAGCCCAGCAGGCGCAACAAGCACAGCAUAUUCCACAGGUCCCGCCGACUCAGCUGCCACAACUCUCCACCGGCCAACCGGCCUCUCCAGCAACUGGUUCCUCGUCCGCCGUGCCUUCUUCGGGUGCCGCGCGGGCUCCGCCUGCAGCCAGACCUCGACAGCGACAGCGCCCACAAAGCAAUGCCGCAGACAUUCGGGCGCGCCUCCUGUCGAUCUGCCACCCGGGCGAUCCGACUCAGAUCUACUACAACCUCAACAAGAUUGGUCAGGGUGCUUCUGGUGGUGUUUACACAGCGUAUGAAGCGGGCACCAACAACUGUGUCGCGAUCAAACAAAUGAACUUGGACUUGCAGCCCAAGAAGGAUCUCAUUAUCAAUGAGAUUCUGGUCAUGAAGGACAGCAAGCACAAGAACAUUGUCAACUUCUUGGAGAGCUUCUUGCAUGGUCUAGAUCUAUGGGUAGUGAUGGAAUACAUGGAAGGUGGUAGUCUCACUGACGUGGUCACUUUCAACAUGAUGAGUGAGGGACAGAUCGCGGCCGUUUGUCGAGAGACUCUGAACGGCCUGCAACACCUCCAUUCCAAGGGUGUCAUUCAUCGUGACAUCAAAUCCGACAACAUCCUCCUGGCAAUGGAUGGCAACAUCAAACUGACCGACUUUGGCUUCUGCGCGCAGAUCAACGACUCGCAGAACAAGCGGAACACCAUGGUAGGCACCCCGUACUGGAUGGCUCCCGAGGUGGUCACCCGCAAAGAGUACGGUCGCAAGGUCGAUAUCUGGAGUCUAGGCAUCAUGGCAAUCGAGAUGAUCGAGGGCGAGCCGCCGUAUCUGACGGAAUCGCCGCUCCGAGCAUUGUAUCUGAUCGCCACCAAUGGGACCCCCACCAUUAAGGACGAGCAUAAACUGUCGAACAUUUUCCGCGACUUCCUUCAUCUGGCCCUGAAGGUUGACCCGGAGAAGCGCGCAUCGGCACACGACUUGUUGAAGCAUCCAUUUAUGACCCUUUGCUCACCACUCUCGCAUCUCGCUCCCCUGGUCAAGGCUGCUCGGGCCAACCGGGCCCAGGAGAAAGCGCAGAAAGGGGGUGCUUAG